AUGCGCCGCCGCGUAAAGUUCGUCUUGGUACUUACUGCUAUUGCUCUGGCUACAAAUGUGAUUGCUUCGGUUACGCCAGUACCAUCUCCUCAGCCUUCUGAGAGGGAUGCAACUGAUUUUGAGGCGAAGAAGUCGGUGAAACCAGAGAACAUGAAUGAUGGUGCUGUCCAGGAUUUUAAUGUCGAAGAGAGAACUGCUUUACACGGCAUCGAAGACGUCGAAAUGCUUGGUCAUAGUACUGAAUCGUUUGGCAACAAGAUGUUACAUCUAAAAAAUGAAGACGAAAAAGACGAGUACCGUCUUGUAGAUCUAGAAAACUUACGCGUUGAAGCGCUUCUCGUCGAGAUCUUUGCACUCACCACAGACGAAAAGAUUGAUGAAGCAUCGCAGAAAAUCCGCCGCUUUGCUGUUGAUUUAGAUCCAUACUUUAUUGAGCGUCCAUCCGAAGGCAAGGAGAUUUUACAUAGCACGGCAACGUUGGCUGCCGAAGUACGCCGCAAACGCCCGCGCCAAUAA